AUGCUUCUGCUUCUCAUAAUACCAUUAUUCUUCUAUUUUCUUCUGUCUCGCAGUCUCGACCCGGCAAAUGCUACUCGCAUUUUAAAAGGCCCUUUAUCUAGGCAGCCUUUGAAUUCUUAUCUCUUUACUCUUUCUUUGUUGCUUAUCGGUAUCUAUCUAUCUAUCUAUCUAUCUAUACAUCUAUCUAUCUAUCUAUCUUAUUUUUUAACAAUGAGGAUCUUCACUUUUUUUUUCUAUUCCUUUAUGUCUGUCUGUUUAUUUCGUUUUUUUCUAUUUCUCUCUUUCUCUCUGGCACUGUGUUUUUCUUUUCAUAUUAAGUCUCUCCUCCCCCCCUCUCUCUCUCUAUCUCUCUCUCUCUCUGUCACUUUGUUUUCUCCUUUCUUUCUAUUCCUUUAUAUCCCUGUUUUAAUUGGUUUCUUUUUUGCAUAUUCUUUAUGCAUCACACAUAAAUGCACCUCUCUCUCUCUCCCUAUCUCUCUCUCUCUCCUUCCUUUCUUUUCCCUCUUUAUCUUUCUCAUUAUGAUUCUUCUUGACUCCUUUUAUAUGUCUCCUUUUUGUCUCCUAUUCUCUGAUCCGUUCGUAUUAGCAGCACCUCAAUGA